AUGGAGCAAGACCCUGGUUUUAUCGCUGCACUGGAGGAGGCUAAGCAAGGCGCCUCCGAAGGCGGCGUCCCCAUUGGUGCCUGUCUAGUCUCGCGGGAUGGUAAGAUUCUAGGCCGAGGCCACAACAUGCGUGUGCAGAAGGGCAGCCCUGUUUUGCAUGCCGAAAUGUCCGCUCUCGAGAACUCCGGACGUCUGCCCGCGUCGGCUUACGAGGGCGCAACCAUGUAUACGACUCUGUCGCCUUGCGAUAUGUGCACUGGCGCAUGCAUUCUCUACAAGAUCAAGCGCGUCGUGAUCGGCGAGAAUGAGAAUUUUGUGGGUGGCGAGGAGCUCCUGCUCAACAAGGGCAAGCAGGUCGUCAACUUGGACAACCAGGAGUGCAAGGAUUUAAUGGCCAAGUUCAUGAAAGAGAAGCCUGAACUAUGGAACGAGGACAUUUCCGUUUAA